AUGACUCGAGUUGUGCAUGUAUUUAAGGGGCAGUGGAGAAAGACCCAGCAUGGGGUUUGGGUGUGCGAUCAGGAUAAUACGGUUCCAACACAUCAAAUACUAGUUGGAACCACUGAUCAGGUUGACUCAGUCAAGAACAUUGUUAGAGGUGUUUUCCAUCUUCCAAUGCAGACACCGCUUCUUCUUACCUUCCAACUUCCUCAAUGGAUGUUAGAGCCCAAUGGAGAAACAUGGCCUCCACACAAGAUCCAAACUAACGCAGACUGGGAUAUGAUGAUGACCAUCCAUGAAGGUGAUGUUGAACCCCACAUAUGCAUGAUCUUUGGUGCAGAAGAAGUGGCUACUUUCCACUUUAGAUGCAGAUCACCUUUUACCAUCGGCACUCUAACUUUCCUAGGCGAGGGUGUGACAGAGGAGGAACACAUGACCCUCGUUUUAGAUAUUAUAAGAGGAAACGAGAUACUCUGCAGUGACCGUAUGCUCAACCACAUAUUUGAUCAGAAUGAAAUGGUUCUACUUUACCGUUUCUCUUUGGAGAUGGAAAAGGCGAAAAACAGCCUAGACCUAAAUUUACGACCAAUGCUCGACACAGACGACCAUAUUGUUCCUAAUAUUGGGAACAAUAAUGUGGACACCCACGUACAAAAUGUACCUGAUGUUGCAAAUCUUGAAGGUGCCACCCACAUCAGUGGACCUAAUGUCCCCUAUGAGGCUUCUCCAACUUUGGUUAAUCAAGCUUUCAACAGUGGACGCGAAAUUCCCCAAGGUGUUCAUCAUACUGGGUGUCAACCACCUUUCUAUACCCCUCCGUGGAACACCAUAAACGCCAGACCAUGGUAUUGGGAAAACUUGAUGUCAUCGAGUUAUGCGAUGGAGCUCCAACGAAUUUAUGGAGUUCGUGGGUCUGAAUAUGUUGGGUACAUAACGAAUGACCUCAAUAUAGGAAACACUAACGCAGCACGACAUAUGCAUGGCUACCCUAUUCAAGAACCUAGAACGAGUUACCUCAUUCCAAUCGAAGUGUCAUCAAUGGCUUCUUCAACAGAGAUGAAAUGCGUUACUGAAAGAUUGGAUGACAUCAGCAGGCCACAAAUCAAGAGGUUCCCCGGUGAAGUUUAUCAGGAAAAAGGUGAGUCAUCAUCUGGGCCAGUAACAACUCAACUAGACGUAGUUGGUAAGGUGGAGGAGGGAAAUUUUCAGGAUAAAAAGGAUAAUGAUGGACCUAAAGAUGCAGGAGGAGAUGCAUGA